CUGUUUUCCCGUGAUGCACCGCGCUGUUUCGUGACAGCUUUUGAUUGUUUACAAUAUAAAUUUAUCACCAUUCAGCUUAAAAAAGGUGUUUAAAUUAAGUAUGGUUUGAUUAUGAACCGGAAAUUGACUACUGUUAGAGAGAGUAAAGUUUGAAAGCUUCGUGAUUUAGUUUUGUKUCCUGUAUGUGAGUCGCGGGAAAAGAAAAAAGCUAAACGCGUCUCAGUUCCAGAGUUUAUGUAAAGUUCCCGUUCAUUUAUAUUGAACAUGGAGAGACGUAUAUUUGGAAAAGAAUGCCUCAAAGUUCCCACUGACUUCAUUUCUCCGAAAAAUAUCCAGGGGGAACUUGUGCCCCCGUCGCAUUUUGCAUCGACUGUCCCAUCUGCUGGAUCUCAAAGUCUAGGAAUACCAUCACCACCCUUGUCCUGGUUUAAUCCCGUACCAACAUCAGCAGAUCCUCGCMCAGCCAAUCCAUGGCUGGCUAUCUCUCAGGCACAACAGGAAAUAUUAGAGUUAAAGAAAGAAAAUCAGAGGAUCAUGAUGCUUCAAGGGAACAUCUCGAGAGGAAAAACCUCUGCAGAUCACCUCCCAGACCAUACGAUAAGAUCUGCAGACAUGAGCGAGAGGUCCAGAUGGGAGCCAGCAGAGAGGCACAAAGCUGAAGCUGACAGGCUGAGGGCUCAGGUGGAAGCCCUGAAGGAGAGUGCAGUGAGGARCAGGGAAGAAAUGAGAGCCAAAGACAUGGCCCUGAGCAGAAGCAGCCACGAGCUAGAACUGACGCGUGAAGAGCUGUCAGAUGCUAAAACUGAACUCAGCCAAGUCAGAGAGGAGCUCAGUCUCUGCAGCUUACAGCUUAACAACUUGAAGAAAGAGUCUAAUGAGGAAAUAAAAAGGCUGAAGAGAGCUGUAGAGAGAAGUAAAGAGGAAUCCAGGGAGCUCGCUCUUCAGGCUGAAAUGAGCAGGUUGCAGGCUGAGGAGAACAAGCAGCAGGUCCUCACACUGCUGCAACAACUGGAGGAAAUAAAGAAGAAACAGGACAUGCAGCUGCUGCAGUUAAACUCAUCUCACCAAGCAGAGUUGGAGGCAGUAAAAAAAGUAACGGGUGAACUCCAGGACACGCUUCAGUCCCGGACUGCAGAAGUGCUGCAGCUGAAAAGCGCACUGAAGGAGGUGUCGGCUGAGAGAGACGGGCUGAAAGAGCAUUUGAGCCAAACGGAACAAGCUUUUGAGACGCAAUCUGCCACGCUGCACAGCCUCCGAAACUACAUCGGCCAGCUAGCCCCAGAGAAGGAAGAAAAGGAGCGUCUGAGUGAGGCUGUUGAGAGGCUGAAUAAAGAAAAAUCUGCUCUUCAGACAACAACCGAGCUUUUGACAGUAAGGCUCAACUCCAGAGCUCGUCCGAUCCACUUAUGAAGAGCAGAUCGGACGUUCUUCAAAUCCUUCAUCUGUGGCGAGAGAAAGUGUUCAAGUUAUGCGUCCAGCUUCGCUCCAAGGACAUUGAGAUGCGAAGAGAGAAGGACGGACUCCUUUCAGAAGUGAGAUCCGUGGAGCAGCAGCUCCAGCAGGAACAGCACAGAACCARCGUGCUCCAACACAGUCUGCAUGACAGGAUGGCCGAGCUGGACCUGGAGAAAGUGGAGAAAGAGGUGUUAAAACAGAACUUGGCCGAGGUUCAAAAAGAAAACRCUGAGCUGACGUUGCAGAACCAGAAAACAGAAGCUGAUGUAAAAGCCUUGACAACGGCUCUGCGAAGGUUCUCACAGGAAUUUGAAAGCAAGCUGACAGAAAUGGACGCAGCUAAAACACGACUCACCAGCUGCAGCCAAAGACUUUCUUUUGCUAAAAGAAGAGUGGAGACAAUCCAAGGUUUGGUUAUGAGAAGAACGGCUCUACAGAAAAUUGAACAAGCUUGUAAACAGACAGAAGAGAAGAACAACAGCAUCAGAAGCCUUCAGAUGGAGCACAGUUUGGUGUGUGAAGAAAGAGACAAACUCACUCAGGAGCUCAAACGAACCCCUGAGCUCAUCGAAAAAGCUCUGGCUGACCUGAAAGAACAAUAUGAGAGUAAAGUGAGACAGCAGCAGCAGGAGCUGGAGCACAGCUGCACAGAGCUGAAGCUGGCCGUGGCGGGUAAAGAGAAGGCAGAGCAGAGCUUGCAGCAGACCCGAGCCCAGCUGGAGGAGAGCAGCGCCGGCCUGGAGAGACUCCGCUGUGAACUGCUUCGCCAGCACGAGCAAAGCGAGCACGCCCUGCAGGAGAGCGUGUCUCGGAUCGAGGAGCGGUGUGCUGAGAGACUGAGAGUGAUGGAAGCUGAAGUCCAAGCUGCCAGAAGAGAGCACACCAGAGCAGUUAUGACUCUGCGUCAGUUUCAGAGAGAGGCGACAGCGUGCAGGGACGACAAGGAGGUCUUUAAUAAACGGCCAAAGGAAACCGAGAAGAAACACUUUCCUUCUAAUAUGUUCCAGGUCACAGUUGCUGAAAGAGGGUUGAUGGCAGGGUCUCCACAGAGCCUCACAGCAGCACCAAACCCCUCAGAGACGAAGUGCUCUCUAGACACACAAGUCCCGCCUCCUGCAGAGCGACUGCUGUGUGUGUUGGAGGAGCUCAGCGCUGCAGUGAUGAACAGCUCGGAGGACUCUGCUGAAGAGGACGGAGAGAGUGACGCCCCAGAACCGUCCACAGACCUCCUGCGCUGCUAGUACCUGAAGAUGAGUCAUUAGCCAAGCGAACUCACUUUAUUUGUGUGAAAGCUGGGCAGCGUCGUUGCCUCAGAAGCUGCUGGAGGCAGUUUGACGAGCCAAACAUCAGAAAAUAUUUAUUUUUUCUCACUUUAUGUGUGAAUGUAUGAAAAGAAGAACCUCUUCUAAACUGUUUAAAUUAAAGGGUUAGUUCGGAUUGUUUUGAAGUGGAAUGCAACAACAAUUUAUUUUACAUGUUGUAGAUAGCUCUUUCUGUUCUGACUGGAUUCCAAGUGGGACCGAGACAAAACUGGAUUGCUCCAAGCUAAAAAACAAAACAAUAAAUUCAAGUAAUGCAAACUCUUCCGCAGUCAUUCCAGAAGAAAUGUUAUGUUUUGUGCUUCAAUCUGCACUUGAAGUGCUGCUAUAGUAUUUCUAAUAGUAAUACUGGAGGAUUUAUUGUAAAUAACAGUGUAUAUUAAUGAUAAUUUAAAUAUAUAUACAACAGUGUUCACAUAAAACAUCAUGAAAGUUUUAGAUUGGAGUUAUUUUAGGCUACCACUUUGCUCUUGGACCAGUCAUUAACUCACCUAUCCUGUCAGAAUCAAACUCUUUUAAUCUGUCUACAACAGGUAAGAUAACAUUUGUUCAUAACUUUCAAAUUAUUCUUUCAGAGAAAUUCUGUAUUUGUCUCAAAAUGACAAGUAUUCUUGAAAAUAAGCAUUUUGUAUAGCUUUUAUUAUUGGAAAAAUUGGUUUAAGAGUAAUUUAGACUUUAGCAUUUUGAGCAAUACGAUUUAUACUCAAGCAAAUAAAUGACAAUAAACAGUUCUUAGAUAAAAAA